AUGCGCUUCCAGGCACUUAUUGUCGCUGCUGUCUCCGCUGCCCAGCUCGUUCUGAGCAGUCCGGUGCCUGAGCCGACGGCGUGCGCGGACAUUUACCAGUCAUGGUACGAUAAGAAGCCUUUCGCCACUCCGGAUGCCUCCUGGUACCACAAGCGCGCCACUCCGGAUGCCUCCUGGUACCACAAGCGCGAGGCCGAGGCCACAGCGACCGCCGACGCGGGCGACAACUUGGAGCAUGCUCCAUGCCGCGCUACAGUUGCGGCCGAGGCCUAA